AUGAGAUUCGGGAAGAAGGGGAAGCUGAGUCCCAGGUUCAUUGGCCCCUACGGGAUCUUAGAAAGGGUUUGGUUAGUGACGUAUCGCCUCGCUCUACCAACGGAGUUGGAUCGGGUGCACAACGUAUUCCAUAUCUCUCAAUUGAAGAAGUAUGUGCAUGACGCCUCUCAGGAGAUUCCACCGGAGGUCCUGGACUUAGAUGAGACACUGUCCUACGAAGAAAAGCCGGUGAAGAUUCUAGACUUCAAGACCCGAGAAACUCGUCGCAAAGUAGUCAAGUUAGUAAAAGUGUGCUGGUCCAACCAUGGAGUCGAGGAAGCCACAUGGGAGAUGGAGGACGAGUUGAGGAAGCGUUACCCGGCUUUAUUUGACUAA